AUGGACCGGGACCCCACGGUAUGCGUGAUGGGGGAGGACGUGGGCCACUACGGCGGCUCCUACAAGGUGACAAAGGGCCUGGCCACCAAGUAUGGCGAUCUGAGGGUCCUCGACACGCCGAUUGCCGAGAAUUCCUUCACAGGCAUGGGCAUCGGCGCCGCCAUGACUGGGCUCCGCCCAAUCGUGGAGGGCAUGAACAUGGGCUUCCUCCUUCUAGCCUACAACCAAAUCUCCAACAACUGUGGCAUGCUCCACUACACCUCUGGUGGCCAAUUCAAGAUCCCCAUCGUCAUCCGAGGCCCCGGCGGCGUUGGUCGGCAGCUCGGUGCAGAGCACUCGCAGCGCCUCGAGUCCUACUUCCAGUCCAUCCCAGGCCUUCAGAUGGUGGCCUGCUCGACACCGUACAAUGCUAAGGGCCUCAUGAAGGCUGCCAUACGCAGCGACAACCCCGUCGUGCUUUUCGAGCACGUCUUGCUGUACAAUCUCAAGGAGCGGAUCCCCGACGAGGAGUACGUCCUCUGCUUGGAGGAAGCCGAGAUGGUGCGGCCCGGUGAGCACGUCACAAUCCUCACCUACUCUCGCAUGCGCUACCACGUCAUGCAGGCCGCCAAGACAUUGGUCAACAAGGGGUAUGAUCCUGAGGUGAUUGACAUUCGUUCGCUGAAGCCAUUUGACCUCUACACCAUCGGCAAUUCCAUCAAGAAAACCCACCGGGUGCUGAUCGUGGAGGAGUGCAUGAGGACCGGCGGCAUCGGCGCGAGCCUUCGGGCCGCCAUUAUUGACAACUUCUGGGACUACCUCGAUGCACCAGUCAUGUGCCUCUCCUCGCAGGAUGUUCCCACGCCAUAUGCCGGCACACUCGAGGAGUGGACCGUCGUCCAGCCUGCACAGAUCGUCACCGCCGUGGAGCAGAUCUGCAAGUAA